AUUGUCAUUUUCAGUCAUUGAGUGGUCAAAGAUUCAUUGUUUUACAAUUUACAAUUAUUACAUUUAUCAAGAUAAAAUAGGGCGAACGCUCAAGUGUUGAACUGUGAUAAGUUAAUUCUAGGUGUUAGUGAAUUAUCUAAUGUGCAUAUAAGUGAAAAGUAUAAUAUCAAUAUGCUUAUCAAAGAAUAUCGUGUUACACUACCAUUAACAGUUGAAGAGUAUCAAGUGGCUCAGCUAUUCUGCGUAGCUGAGGUAUCAAAAAACGAAACCGGUGGAGGCGAAGGCAUAGAAGUAAUUAAGAAUGAACCAUUCAAAGACUACCCCUUGCUUGGGGGUAAAUACUCAUCGGGGCAGUACACUUACAAGAUCUACCAUUUGGCGUCCAAAGUGCCGGCCUUCAUCAGAUUGCUGGCUCCAAAAGGUUCCCUCGAAGUUCAUGAAGAGGCCUGGAAUGCCUACCCAUACUGUCGGACUGUUUUAACGAAUCCCGGCUAUAUGAAAGAGAACUUCGUUAUCUGCAUAGAGUCUUUGCAUUUACCAGACGCGGGUGACCAAUAUAACGUGCACGAACUGCCGCCAGAAAAGCUUAAGACGCGCGAAGUAGUCAACAUAGACAUUGCCAACGACCCAAUGUCCCCUGCGGACUACAAGGCUGAGACCGACCCCACGAAGUUUAAGUCUACAAAGACUGGACGGGGUCCAUUGGUCGCGGCAAACUGGAAGAAUGAGGUCAAGCCAGUCAUGACUUGCUAUAAACUGGUCACCGCUGAGUUUAAGUGGUUCGGACUCCAGAGCAAAGUUGAGAAUGUGAUCCAGAAAUCUGAGCGACGGUUAUUCACUAUCUUCCACAGACAAGUCUUCUGUUCUAUGGACGACUGGUACGGUAUGACAAUGGCUGACAUCCGCGCCAUUGAGGACCGCACUAAGGAGGAGCUAGAGAGGCUUCGUCGUGAAGGAGAAGUGCGCGGAAUGCGCGCCGACAACGAAUAAAUGAAGACAGCCCAAGCGCACGAGUAUGUUGCUACGUGACAACCCUACGCGAGACGACUUGUGACAGCCCUAACGCUGAGACCACGUGACAGACCCGACAUCCUUAAGGCGGUUGCUAACCAGUUCCUAUAUUUGUAUUACCAAUACAAAACCUACAAAACCAAGUUUAUAGCUAAAAUCAAAUAACUGAUGACAGCAAUAAAUUGCGAUUUGUGAUUACCACUUAGGACACAUAACUGAGCCUUUCGCGUAUUACUCGCUCAAUAGCGAACGUCUCGUGUCAACUACCGUGCGCUUCCAUACUGCGACAACCUUGAGCGCAAGCAUUGCAUAAUUUUACCAAAUUUGUCUAAACUCUUCCAGUUGUUAGAUAAUAAAUAUUUAUUGAAAUAAAUAUAUUUAUUUAUA